AUGUCCAUAUAUUGUGACAAUCAAGCUACUAUCUUCAUUGCUAGCAAUCACACCUUCUAUGAGCAUACAAAACAUAUUGAGAUUGACUGUUACUAUAUUCAAGACAAGGUUAUGUCUAGUCUCAUCUCUACUCUUCAUGUGGCCUCAUCUCAUCAGCUCAUAGAUGUAUUCACGAAAAGUAUGAUUGAGAUCUCUUAUGACAUCAUAUGUACUAAGUUGGAUAUAUUUGACUUAUAUGCUCCAGCUUGA